AUGCCUGCGUCAAAAUUUGUCCAACUGAAUACAGGUGCAAAAAUGCCGACGGUCGGUCUCGGGACCUGGAGGUCGAAACCAGGCGACGUCGAGCACGCGGUCGAGGCGGCUCUCAAAUAUGGCUAUCGGCAUAUCGAUACAGCCACUGCAUACGGUAAUGAAGAGGAAGUCGGAAAAGGGAUCAAGAUGUCUGGUAUCCCACGUGAAGAGCUAUUCCUUACGACCAAGCUGGACAAUCCAGAUCACAGGAACGUCGAAGCUGCGCUUCUUUCCUCCCUUCAGAAGCUCAAUACACCGUAUCUUGAUUUGUGGCUCAUGCAUUGGCCUGCGCCGAUGACACAAGAUGGAAAGGCAGAUAAGGGUCGCGAUUGGCUCGACACUUGGAAAGACAUGGAGAAAGUCUAUGAGAAGUACCCCAACAAAGUCAAAGCGAUUGGUGUUUCAAACUUCCAGGUCGAAUAUCUCGAGCGUCUUCUAAGUGAGGCGAAAAUCAAACCUGCUUUAAACCAGAUCGAGCUGCAUCCCUCGUGCCCACAGCAUGAUGUUGUGAAGUUCUGCAACGAAAACGGUAUUGCGCUUACUGCCUAUUCGCCACUCGGUUCGCAAGGAGCUCCGUUGCUUACGAACGAAGUCGUAAAGAAGAUUGCGGAGAAGCACAAUGUUUCUCCAGCAAACAUUUUGAUCUCAUUACAGGUGAACUGUCCAAACACUGCCGUCCUACCGAAGAGUGUUACAAAGGAGCGCAUUGAGAGUAACUUCGUUAUCGUUGACUUGACUGACGAGGAGGUGGGCGAGCUGCUCAAAAUCGAUGAAACGCAACACUUCCGAGCGGUCACUCCUGAAUGGACUGGUUGGGGACAUCUAGGCUUUCCCGACCAUAAAUGA